AUGGUUUAUCACUGCGUUGAAGAGGGUGGAAAUGAUAGUUGCACUAGGACUAUUUUUGAGGAUAAGAACACUGCAGCAGAUUAUUUGAAGUGUAUUGCCAAGUAUGUCGAGAGACCUAUAGCUAUAGACCUGAAACACUAUGAUCACCGAGCACAUGACGAGCUCAUUGAGAGUCUUUGCAGUUUUCGAGCAAUCAAAUCCAUAAAAUAUGGUGCACGUAUAUGUGACUGUUGUGCGUGUCAGCACUUAUAUGAUCAUGCAGGACCAGAAGUUGAUCUUUUCGAAUCCCCUCCGUCCCUUGGUAGUGAUCUGGAUUAUUGUGGAUAUGAUGAUGGUCUCACCAGUCCCAGAUUUUAUUUCUCAGAGGAUUUUGAAGACGACUAUGACGACUUAAAUUUCCGUGAAGACGACGACUAUUAA